GUAAAGACUUCAGCCUCUCAAAACAUGUGAGUUAAAUACAGUAAUAAUAAAUCUAUUACACACUGUACAUAUUCACUGAGCGCUUGAUUUAGAGUACGAUGCAUUUUACAUUGUCCCCAAAAAGAGAGUAAGUGAAAACAAAUACUAGAGGGUGCACUGUAUUCCCAAUGCAUAUUCUAGCAAUACAAUAUAUAGGCAGAGCUGAGUGAGUUUCAACAAAUAUAAGUAUAGAAAAAUAAAUGUCUGCCUAGAAAUGCAUGUUAUGUUUUCUAAUUGUUUAGGGAGGAACAUUUGGAUUUAAUACAAUAAAUACACAAGGGUAUGCUCGCCUAGAAAAAAAAUCAAUUAAUGUCAAAUUAGUGAUAUAUGUUGGAUUUCACAAAAAGGAAGUGAAGUCAGGCGUGCAACUUAUCUAAUCAGCUGCUGCUGCAGAAAUUCCUCACAGCUUUGUAACCCAGUGCUCCAGGGCAUACAGGUCUGACCAAAGAGAAGGAAAGUCAAGGUUUAGAUGAGAUGAGAUUCCAGGUAAAAUGGCACAAUUACUGAUGCCUCUGGUCCAGUAGGCCUGAAAAAAGAAGUUGGAGUGACAAGAGAGAAUGGAAGCCAAGGAUUAGAUGGAAGAGGUGGAACCAAGUGGUACUGCUGAAAUACUGUCUACCACAAACAUCCGGCCAAAAUCUGCAUUCUCGGAUGCAUUUGAGACAAAUCCAGAAAGUCACCCAGUUAGUCCAAUGAAAUACCAUGAUAAAUAGUAAUGUAUGGAAUCAAGUUUGUCUGUUAACAUCCAGGUACCUAUGUCUUCCAGUUUACAUCAGGGUCAAGCUUCUCUGGCAUCACUACAAUGUGCAGCGUUCUCCCUAACAUCAUGAACAAACAUCAUGAUACUUUGAAAGUCCACCAUAGUUGGGACUGACAACAUAUUUUUAAUAAUUAUGAGGCAUUGAAAUGUCCUAAAUUGCACAUUAAUACUAUAUAAAAGCAGGAAACAGUUAAAUAAUUUAACUGUUCCCUGAUAAAAGCAUCAUGGAAGAUGUUCCAAGCAUCAUGGCCAACUGAUGUGCCUCAUGAAGAAUGGAUAACAUAUUGUCUGUGCACAUGAGACCGGAAUCAGCGUCAAAUCAGUCAGUAAUACAGUAUGUUAGUUCUUGAUUUAGUAGCCAAUGAUGAAGUGUGGACUCAGCCUACAAUUGAUCAGAAUCUGAGGCAGUGUGAUUUAUAAUAACAAUGACAAGGAUAAUAACAAUAUAACAGUAAGAACAACAUUUUCCUGAUGCCAACUAAUAGCAUAAUCAUUAAAGGAAUAUUAUUUCAUAGUAUAUAUUCAUCUGACCAGAUGAUCUAAAGCUAAAACAACUAAAGGUAGGAUAGGAACUCACCAUUUGGUAGUAAAACAGUGCGAUCAGUGGAGCAUCUAGGAGUCUUGAAAUUGUGGGGGGAGAUGGGGUGUGGCUGAAAGAGGUAAAGUGGGGAGGCCUUGAUGAAGAAGUGAGGAGGAUAGUUUGCCAAAUCAGGUUUAAUAUGAGUUGAGUUUUAACUACUUGAGGGUCAUUUGUUUGCUAUGCAUGUUUACAGCAGAGAAUAAUUGGGAAUGCAAGCUUUUUUGUGAGGGGAUGCAUGAUCCCCUCCCUUCCCCUCCUCUUGCAAACCCCUACAUAUACCAAUGAGAUGGGAAAAAAUCAAGUUAAAGAAACAAAUAAUCUGUCAGGUAGGGACAACAACUCAGAUGGCACAUUACAUGGUUAAAAUAAAUUCAAUAUUUCGUCGGUGACAAACAUGUGUCUGAAUGAGGAGUUAACAGCGCUGGUGGUGGUAUUCUAUUAAGCACUACAGUACAUCUGCAACGUCACUCUAUUCUUAUUGGAUGAAAUUUAAGAAGACUUCAGAUGAUGCCCUAAUAUCAAAAUGGAAAGUUAAAAUGAUUAAGAAAGGCAAUCGGAUCUUACCACGGUAUGGCCGGAUGUUGCUUGGCUUUGUUGUCAUCCCGACAGGUCUGUUAUGUCCAUCAUAAAACAAUGUAAUGUUAUUAAUUGUAUGUAAUAUGGGUUUGAAAAUUCAAUAACAAAGUUGUUGACCCCCUCAUUUAUUGCAUGUGACUUUGAAAAAUAAGAUAGUUAAUACAUAAACAUUUAUGGAAACUAAAAAAAGACUGUAUAUUUAAAAUGUAAUUAAACCAAAGGAAGGUUCAUUCAUUUGCAAGACAGAGCUCCAGUUAACCACACCCCAUACAGAAAUUCUCAUAGUAACACAUUAACCAUCAAAGAACACAGAAGUUUUCUCGGCACAAGAAAUAAUCAAAGGACUUUGUAAACUUUGUUUCUCAGUAACAUCACAAAACUUGGGGAAGUUUUCAGCAAGCACAUCAUACAAUUAUCGAAGGACUUUCUUGAAUCAGGAUGUAUCUUGCAAUUGCUAUACAACUCAGCAUUGUCUGUAUCAUCCAAUCAACUACUCAAACCGACACCCAAGAUUGUAGUGGUUGCUGUAGUCCUGCCGCAGGGAUUCCGGGAAUUCCAGGCAGCCAUGGUACACCUGGUGCUCCCGGUCCAAUAGGCAUGAAAGGAGAUGUUGGGGUGAAAGGAGACAAAGGAAACCAAGGAAUAGAUGGGCUUCAAGGUAAAAUAGGACCAAUUGGUCUACCAGGUGCUACUGGUGAGAAAGGAGAAACAGGAGAAAUGGGAAAUCAGGGAUCAGAUGGAAGAGAUGGACUUCCUGGUAAAAUAGGACCAAUCGGUCUACCAGGUGCUACUGGUGAGAAAGGGGAAACAGGAGAAAUGGGAAACCAGGGAUUAGAUGGAAGAGAUGGACUUCCUGGUAAAAUAGGACCAAUUGGUCUACCAGGUGCUAUUGGCGAGAAAGGGGAAAGAGGAGAGAAAGGUGAACAAUCAGCCAGCCUAAAUCUGCAUUCUCAGUUGGAUAUAAUUCAGACCCAGGCCGCCCACCAGUUGGUCCAAUGAAAUACCCAUUAAUAAUUACCAACUUUGGGAAUCACUACAAUAAAAAAAACAGGCAAGUUUGUCUGUCAACAUUCAGGCAUCUAUGUCUUCCAGUUUACAUCAGUAUCAGAGGCCAUCUAGCAAUAACAUUCUAACAGUAGUAAUAGUAUUUUGACAAGCAUCAUGAAGAAUGGGCAACGCAUUCUCUCCGCAUAUGAGAAUGGUUCAAGCGGCAAAUCAGCUAGCAACAUGGUAGUUCUUGAUUUAGUAGCAAAUGAUGAAGUGUGGACUCAGCCUUACAGUACCAACCAUAACUAUUACUUUAGUAACAGCAACAUCCACUAUUCUUUUUCAGGCUUCCUACUUUAUGCAUCUUCAUAAGGAAUUUUCAAAAGGCUAAUAAUUACAAAUUCCAAAUCAGCAAAUUGCAACAUAUUGUGUUAUGAAAAAAAGAACAAAAAUAAGAAAACUCUUAGUUUUAAUUGGUUUUAUGAUUAUUAAAUAUAGUAUAAAAAGUAAAAAAGCUGCCUAAAGAUGUAACUAGCACAAAAUUAUCGAUCUUUUCAAAUUAAAGAUUACAUAUUUUAAGAUAACCACUAAGCUCAUUGUUACAACCACAUCUUCAUCUUCAUUUAAAUUAGUAUGUUUAAGUGGAUAUUUCUGGUGGAAACAAUACUAAAACAGAUGCCUACCUGUACUAGCCCGACACUACUGUGUGUAUAGAGUAUGAUAGUAUGAGAUAACAAAUAGAAUGGGCAUGUGAUAUUUGUCCAAUAUGUAAUACUACAAGUAUAGUUCAAGAUAUAGCAAGUAUUCUUGCCUAUUAAUGUAACAUCAAGUACAACAAUUCCAUAAUAUUUGCAUAAAAUAAAAUCUGAAUAUAUUACUACUAGGAAUAGCUGUUUCCUUGGAAUUCUCUAUUUAACUUAGUGGCAAGAAUGAAAGAACAAACUGAUUUUAAAAUCUGUAAUUAAUCUGAAUCUCUGAUUAUAAACAUUCGAUAACA